UUUGGUUCUAUAAAUUAAACUCACUUGCAACUAUAACCCCAGACAACAAUAAUCACAAAAAACGAUCGUCGAUAGAGGCUAUGCAGAUUACAAGACCACACGCAGCCAUGUACGCUAGUCCUGGAAUGGGCCACAUCAUUCCGAUGAUCGAGCUUGGGAAACGCUUAGCCGGAUCCCACGGUUUCCAAGUCACCAUAUUUGUCCUUGAAGCCGACGCAGCCUCCGCGCAAUCCCAAUUUCUCAUCUUACCUGGCUGCGAUGCAACCUUUAUUGACAUCAUCGGUCUCCCGACUCCGGAUAUCUCUGGUUUAGUUGAACCAUCAACCUUUAUCUCGAUCAAGAUCUUGAUCAUGAUGCGUGAGACCAUAUCAACCCUCCGGUCAAAGAUCGAGGAGAUGCGGCACAAACCAACGGCUCUGAUCGUAGACUUGUUCGGCUUGGACGCAUUACGGCUUGGUGAAGAGUUCAACAUGUUGGCUUAUAUAUUCAUGACUUCAAACGCACGUUUACUAGCAGUGGCGUUGUACUUCCCAACGCUUGAGAAAGACGUUGAAGACGAGCACAUAAUCAAGAAGAAACCCUUGGCUAUGCCUGGAUGCGAACCGGUUCGGUUUGAGGAUACUCUUGAAACAUUCCUUGACCCAACCGACCAGAUAUACCAAGAAUUUGUUCCUUUUGGUUUAGUUUUCCCAACGGCUGAUGGGUUAAUUGUGAAUACAUGGGAUGAUAUGGAGCCCAAAACCUUGAAAUCUCUUCAAGACCCAAAUCUCCUUGGUCGGAUUGCUCGUGUACCGGUUUAUCCAAUCGGUCCCUUAUGCAGACCAGUUGAUCCAUCAAAAACCAUUAAUCCGGUUUUGGAUUGGUUAAGCAAGCAACCGGAUGAGUCGGUGCUUUACAUCUCAUUUGGAAGCGGCGGCUCUCUCUCGGCUACACAGCUAACGGAACUGGCUUGGGGGCUCGAGAUGAGUGAGCAAAGGUUCGUUUGGGUGGUCCGUCCCCCGGUAGAUGGUUCAUCUUGCAGCGAGUAUAUCUCUCCUAAUAGAAGCGAACUACAAGACGGUGCGCCAGAUUAUCUACCAAAAGAGUUUAUCAGCCGGACUCACGAGAGAGGCCUCGUGGUCUCUUCGUGGGCACCACAAGCCGAGAUCCUAGCUCACCAAGCCGUUGGUGGGUUUCUAACUCACUGCGGUUGGAACUCGAUUCUUGAAAGUGUCGUUAGUGGCGUUCCAAUGAUUGCUUGGCCGCUUUUUGCUGAGCAAAAAAUGAAUGCGACGUUGCUCAACGAGGAGUUAGGAGUAGCAGUUCGGUCUAGAAAACUGCCGUCGGAGGAAGUGGUUUUGAGGGUGGAGGUCGAGUCGUUGGUGAGAAGGAUUAUGGCGGAGGAGGAAGGUUGCGAGAUGAGGGAGAAGGUGAAGAAGCUGAAGGAUACGGCAGAGAUUUCGGUGAGUUGUGAUGGUGGGUCGUCGUAUGAGUCGCUAUCGAGAGUGGCAAAGGAAUGCGACCCUCUUUUGGAGCGUUCUAUAAUGGCUCGUGGUGCCUAGAAGUGCUUAUCGUUUUUCUGUUUUCGGAAUAUUGUGUUAUAUUUUUCGUUUCUUGCCAAAUUCCACUUGCUCUCAGCACCACUAAUGUUUAUUUUGUGACUUAUUCUUGGGUUCACUCCCUAGGAGGUUCACCAACCAAUAUAAUUGUUUCAUUUAAAA